AUGGCGGCAGAGCCCGGGCGUUCGUGGACUCAGGCGCGCACUGCAUACGGCGUUAGAGAGGCGCUGAGGCGGGGAGUGGGCCGCCGGCUGGACCCUGGCUCGCAGUCCAACGGGCCGGUCCCCGAAGAUGUCCGCGUCCCGGGCCGCAUGGCUCGCCUGCGUGGCCAGCUGCGGGCCGAGGCGGCGGGGCGAGCCGAGGCGCCGCGGCUGAUGCGGGUGGUGGAGCGCGCCGGCGCGCGAGCCGGGGCGGCGGGGACCAGCGAGAGGAGCGACGCUCGCAGCGGCGGCUCGGUGUGCUCGGUGUGCGGAGAGCCGCGCGGCGGCGCCACCUACCCCGCGGGCGUCUUGGAGGUGAGCGAGCGACGGCUGCAGGAGGGGCUGGCGGCCGUGCGUGCCGAGCUGGGCGCGGGGCUCGAGGCGCUGCGCGCGGAGCUGCGGACUGAGCUGGACGCCCUGCGCGCCUUGCUGCUACCGCCGCCGCCGCCACCCGCCCGCCGUGAGCCCCGCGGUCCCGCCCUGCUGCGGGCGCUCGGUACGGUGAACGCGUUGGUUUCGGCCUCCAGGGCCGCGGAGAACGGUCCGGACGCCCCCGCGGAUGACCUGGUGAACCGAGCCGCUGCUCGGAAAAACUACAAGAAAACCCCAGUGCCUCCAGCGGCUGCGCAAGGCGGAGAUUGA